AUGGGUUUUUUAGGAAGCACAUGCAGUGAUGCAGUGGGUAGUUUUGGAGGACUUUUCCUUGGGUGGUCCUCCCGGGUAGUUGUUAGUAUUAUUUUCGUAGAUGAAAAUGUAAUUUUUUGUAAGAUUACUUCUGAAUUGAAUUUGGAUUAUUAUAUCGUGUUUGUCUAUGGGUGCCCUUACUUGAAUGGUAGGGCACAAGUCUGGAGUAACAUCAAAACCCUUAUGGCUGGGAAUCCAGGAAGUACAACUAUAGUAGGCAACCUCAACCAGGUGGAGCACACCGCGCAAAAACUAGGUGGUUCCCCUUUGUUGAGGGGAGCUCAAGAUUUUAUCAACUGGAAACUGGAGUGUGAUCUUUCGGAGAUUCCAGCUCGUGGUAUGUCCUAUACUUGGACUAAUAAUAGGAGUGGGGAGAGUGCCAUCUUUGAAAGUUUGGAUCGAGCAUAUGCUUGCUCCAAAUGGCGUAUAACAUUCCCCGAUGCUAUAAUUUGGAAGCUUCCCAUCUUUCUUUCAGAUUAG